ACGAUAGCUCGAACUUCAAAGUUCAAAUUCAAAAGUAAAAAAAAAAACACUGAUUGAUAUUGUGGUGCAGCCUGUUUUCGCGAAGUGUUUCGCAAUAAAAUAUAAUUGAAUAAACAAUAAUCAUGUUAUCCAGCCUCAGGACUGGAACUCAAAGUUUGUGGAGAGUGUCAUCUAGGGCUCUUCAGACAACUGCAAACUUGCAGCAUGAUAGCCUGUUCGUGCACCGAGACACUCCAGAAGACAACCCUAGUAUACCAUUCGAAUUCACGGCCGAAAAUCAAAAGAGAGCAGAUGCCCUCCUAAACAUAUAUCCCGAAGGUCACAAGAGGGGGGCAAUGAUUCCCCUUCUAGACUUGGCGCAGCGUCAGAAUGGUGGUUGGCUCCCAAUUUCUGCCAUGCAUAAAGUGGCUGAUAUGUUGAACCUGCCGAAAAUGAGAGUUUAUGAAGUUGCUACCUUUUACACUAUGUUUAUAAGACGGCCAAUAGGCAAAUAUCAUUUACAAGUAUGCACUACAACCCCCUGCUGGUUGAGGGGGUCAGACGCUGUUCUGAAAGCUAUCACUGAUACUACUGGCUGCCACGUCGGUGGGAAUAGUCCAUGUGGAAAGUUCUCUGUGUCUGAGGUAGAGUGUUUGGGUGCCUGUGUGAAUGCUCCUAUGUUACAAGUUAACGACGAUUACUAUGAAGACCUAACGAUUGAGGACACAAAAGAAAUCAUCGAGAAGUUGAAGAGAGACGAGAAACCUAAACCAGGGCCGAGGAAUGGCAGGUUUGCCGCGGAGCCGCUGGGAGGUCUAACAUCUCUGACGGAGGAGCCCACCGGACCAGGCUACGGGCUGCAAGACGCUCUCAAGGCGUAGACGAUUAUUAUUGUAAUAGAACUAUUUAAUUAAAAUCAUGUUGUAUAGAG